AUGCUAAUGCCAGCAAAUACAAUGGCGGCUUCACAAAACUUUUCCGAGUUUUACGGGGCGUGGUUUGCAAUCCGCCCAGCCAAUAGAAAUUGGAACUUUUCCCCCCUUUUCAGUCCCUGCUUUUUCUGGGGGUAAAAGUUCUCAUGAACUAAGUUCUCUUUUUGGUGUGAACGCAAAAUCCCAGGAACUAUCGGAACCAAAAGGGAAAAGUACUCCGGUGUGAAAGCGCCUAAUGUAAUGAAUUACUCAGAAAAGUAUGUACAACGUUUGGAUCUAGGGUUUUCUUUUGUUUAAUUCUAAUGGUUUAUUUCUGGCACCAUGAUAUUGUAACACCGCUACAGUGGAGGUUAUUCCAUCUUCUGAAAAAAGAAAUAUUGAAAGCAAUUUAUUAUAAGAUAUAUAUAUAUAUAUAUAUAGCUCCCUUCUGCAUCACAUUCAGCGCUACACAAGACGCCACAGUACAAAAAAAAGAAGGUUUGAUUGCUUUGCUUUCUCUCGUGGUAAACAGGGAGCUAGACGGCCAUCUUCUCUUGCUUUCUCUCGUGGUAAACAGGGAGCUAGACGGCCAUCUUCUCUUGCUUUCUCUCGUGGUAAACAGGGAGCUAGACGGCCAUCUUCUCUUGCUUUCUCUCGUGGUAAACAGGGAGCUAGACGGCCAUCUUUUCUUGCUUUCUCUCGUGAUAAACAGGGAGCUAGACGGCCAUCUUCUCUUGCUUUCUCUCGUGAUAAACAGGGAGCUAGUAGACGGCCAUCUUCUCUUGCUUUCUCUCGUGGUAAACAGGGAGCUAGUAGACGGCCAUCUUCUCUUGCUUUCUCUCGUGGUAAACGGAGCUAGACGGCCAUCUUCUCUUGCUUUCUCUCGUGGUAAACAGGGAGCUAGACGGCCAUCUUCUCUUGCUUUCUCUCGUGGUAAACAGGGAGCUAGACGGCCAUCUUUUCUUGCUUUCUCUCGUGAUAAACAGGGAGCUAGACGGCCAUCUUCUCUUGCUUUCUCUCGUGAUAAACAGGGAGCUAGUAGACGGCCAUCUUCUCUUGCUUUCUCUCGUGGUAAACAGGGAGCUAGACGGCCAUCUUCUCUUGCUUUCUCUCGUGAUAAACAGGGAGCUAGACGGCCAUCUUCUCUUGCUUUCUCUCGUGGUAAACAGGGAGCUAGACGGCCAUCUUCUCUUGCUUUCUCUCGUGAUAAACAGGGAGCUAGACGGCCAUCUUCUCUUGCUUUCUCUCGUGGUAAACAGGGAGCUAGACAGUCAUCUUCUCUUGCUUUCUCUCGUGGUAAACAGGGAGCUAGACGGCCAUCUUCUCUUGCUUUCUCUCGUGGUAAACGGGGAGCUAGACGGCCAUCUUCUCUUGCUUUCUCUCGUGAUAAACAGGGAGCUAGUAGACGGCCAUCUUCUCUUGCUUUCUCUCGUGGUAAACAGGGAGCUAGUAGACGGCCAUCUUCUCUUGCUUUCUCUCGUGAUAAACAGGGAGCUAGUAGACGGCCAUCUUCUCUUGCUUUCUCUCGUGAUAAACAGGGAGCUAGUAGACGGCCAUCUUCUCUUGCGUUCUCUCGUGAUAAACAGGGAGCUAGUAGACGGCCAUCUUCUCUUGCUUUCUCUCGUGGUAAACAGGGAGCUAGUAGACGGCCAUCUUCUCUUGCGUUCUCUCGUGAUAAACAGGGAGCUAGUAGACGGCCAUCUUCUCUUGCUUUCUCUCGUGGUAAACAGGGAGCUAGACGGCCAUCUUCUCUUGCUUUCUCUCGUGAUAAACAGGGAGCUAGUAGACGGCCAUCUUCUCUUGCUUUCUCCUCUUUUUGUAUUCUUAUGUAUGUACAAUACUUUCAAGAGAACUUGUCAGACAGUACAUGUGUUUGUAACCAUUGUAUAAAAGAAAUAAUAAUAUCUUAAAAUGCGUUUUUUUGCUGGUGAUGCUAACGGUACCUAGCCGCAGCCACAUGUAAUCACAGCUAAAACCAUUUUGGAUAUUGUUCCUAUAUAAUGACAUUUAAGUAGAGGCGUUAGUAAUAGAAGUUCCUAACAAAGAUGUGAUGGAUCAUUUAAAAGCUGUCAUGAAAUCGAAUCGAAACAGGAUGGGUUGAGUCGCCAAAAAAACACGUUUUAUUUUCUCCUGUUUUGUUGUUUUUUUGGGAUUCAACCCUCUUCUCCCUCCACCUCUGGUUCCCUGAUGAAGACUUCACUCCACUGGCUAAACACACACAGUUUUCUGUUGACUACUGUUGCUCAGUCAGACACUGGCCCAAUCCCAAACCACGCCCUACACCCUACCCCUACACACUACCCCUCCGAGUGACACUCGCAAACUCCCCUCUCUCCGGCAGAAACAGGAAAUGCCGUAACUGUAUGUAACAACGGUUUCAAAUCAGCGUCUCUUAGACAACAAAUACAAAUUAAUAACUCAAAUAAAACUCCAAACAUCUUUAAUUGUGUUUUUUUGUAAAGCUGUUUUAGUUUUAAACCUGAUGUUUAUAAGCUUCUUAGUUUUUUGCAACAGUCUGUAAAUAUACACAACGGUCAGGUAGGGCAGCGCGUGAAGUCAGCACCGACGCAGACUCGCUGUUUGAGGGCUUGAUAUCCCCCUCCACACUCGUUGGUUUGGAACAGCACUUAAUGUGGCGGACCCUCCGCGUGAACGUGCAAAUGGAGGUGUAGGGCGUGGUUUGGGAUCGGGCCACUGUCUCUUUCAGCGAUAACCGACUUCUGUUGACAAAGAAAACAUCGGAAAAGAUGUGCGUAUUAUAAUGCACACUGACAGGAAGUUGAGAAGAAAAAGGACAAACCUUACAGAGAUGUUGCCUUUAAAUUAUUACAUGAUUUUGAAUGAUCUGGAUAUUAGAAAUAAGAAAAGUCUGACAUAUUAAAGGGGCCCUAUUAUGAACUUUGUGGCAUUCCCUAUCCUGUAGUUUUAGUGCAUGUAAAUGGUCUGCAAAGGCUAAAAUCCCUGUGUCAAUGUGUUCCCUUCCAGUUUACUUCAGGAACAUUGUGACAUCACUAUUGAACACUCGCGCUCCCAUUGGCUGGCGCUCAAACACAUUGUACUUGAAGGGGCGGGACAUCUCUUAGCGGUUGACAUGUCAGAGUAGAGACACAAAAUAUGAACCUGAAAAUAAGCAUAUGUCCUCUUUAAGACAAAAUAUUAGAAGUGUACGAUUCUUAAAAACCUAAAUCUUUUUUUCAAGUAGUUUUAACACACCAUCAUUUGAAUUAGGAGAUUUAGUGAUUUAAAACAACCACAAAAGCCCUUUUUCGGUCAAAAAUGCCACAACAUCCCAUGUCUUGGUUUGUCUGUUCCCUAGAGACAGUAGUGGAUUCUGUGGAGAGGGUUUUUUUUCUUUUGCACACAGCGCAGACCUCACAUUCAAGAUUUUGGGACGUUUCUGUAAAAAGAGAAAAUGCAACUACCUAACUCUUCACUCUCAUUGCAGCCUGAUGCUCCCUUCAGUGGAAUAGGGCACUGUGUACUGAGAUACUUCAACGUAUGCAACAGAUAAAAGAGGGAUAUGCAAAAGGUCGACAUUCCACACACACUCCUCCGAUGUCGUACGAUGUGAGAAAACCACUUUGUGCUCAGCUGUGUGUCCCAACAGAGGGCUCACACCUUUUAAAGUGUUUCUCUAACAAGUCUGCAGAAACACUUUUUACACAAGAGACUUUCUGAGAUUUUAUUUUUCUGUGUGUAUAUUUAUUAGAAACCAUCAGUAGUGCACCUUUUUAUUACCUCAUUAUUAUUGUUUUUUUUUUAUCAGAGAGUCUGAUAUUCUUUCCUUUUUGCCGUGAGUUCACACUGUGAGGUUUGUUUGAUCAGAUGUUUCUGCUUUACUUUUUGGCAAUGUUGCAUACUUAUUCAACAAGGCUGGCUACCAAGCACUUCUAAUGAGGACAAAUAUGUAUUCUGAGGUUUAGGGUGCCAAUAACAAUUCAUUUGAUUAACUGUUAGGUCUGUAAAAUGACGAGAAACGGUCCAUCACAGUUCCCCGGGUACACACUUUUGUUCGACCAUAUCUAAAACAUAUUCAAUUUAAAAUCUUAUAUAGAAGAGGUCAAGCAUCAAAUCCUCACAGGAAAAUCUGGAAACAACAGAUAUUGGUCAUUUUUGCAUGAUAAAAAAAA